UUUAAAAAAUUAUAACCGAACCCGAAAAUAGCCGACCUGCCAUCCCUGUAUUAUCAAUACAGGGGCUCUCUGCUUCACAAAUCACAACUUCCAUAUAUCACACUCCAAACAGAGCCUUCCUCUGCAGAACUGCUGCUGGUGACAAAAGAUGUUCACUCUCACAGCUAAUUCUGCACUGUUAAUGUCGCGAAAAGGCAGUGCUCGAAGCCCUUUCACGGUUCUUGCGAACAAUUUCCCUUCGUUUUUGCCCAAAGAAGUAGAGGAUAUCAAAGACCCGUUUGCAAGAAAGUUGGCUACAAGAAUCGAAAGGCUUCCUGUGCAUGUAAACUUCUCCAAGAAAGAGAGUUGCAUCAUGACGAGUUGUGUGAAGCCUUUAACACAAAGCAAGACAAGUCCAGUUGUUCUUCUUCACGGUUUUGACAGUUCGUGUUUAGAGUGGAGAUACACGUUACCACUUCUUGAGGAGUCUGGGGCCGAGACUUGGGCUAUUGACAUUCUUGGUUCGGGUUUCUCUGAUUUAGAAACACUGCCGCCAUGCGAUGUUGCAUCUAAGCGCAAGCACUUGUAUCAGUUUUGGAGGUCGCACAUAAGUAAGCCAAUUAUCUUAGUUGGACCGAGCCUUGGUGCUGCUAUUGCAAUUGACUUUGCUGUCAACCAUCCGGAAGCUGUGGAGAAGCUGGUUUUGAUUGAUGCGAGUGUGUAUGCAGAAGGCACGGGAGGCCUAGCUAAGUUACCUAGACUAUUAGCAUAUGCUGGGGUUUAUUUAUUAAAGAGUGUGCCCUUGCGGUUAUACGCUCAUUUUCUGUGCUUCAGUGGUACAUCAUUGAGUACGGGCAUAGACUGGAUUAAUGUGGGCCGCCUACAUUGUCUAUAUCCUUGGUGGGAAGAUGCAACAGUAAAUUUUAUGAUGAGUGGUGGUUAUAAUGUCAGUUCUCAGAUAGAGAAGGUCAAAAAGAGGACCCUUAUAAUUUGGGGUGAAGAUGACCAGAUUGUUAGCUACAAAUUAGGAGUGAGAUUGCACUGUGAACUUUCUAAUUCAAUCAUACGUCAGAUACCAGAUUGUGGCCAUCUUCCUCAUGUUGAAAAGCCUUAUGAUUUAGCCAAAUUGAUCAUGGAGUUUGUCAGAGAAGAUAGCCGUAAAGAGGCUCAAAGUGCUGCUGCUGCUCGCUAAUGAAAUUCUACAUUUUGCUUUGCCUGAUUUUAUUUGUUUGCUUAUUUGUACACUAGUCAUCAUUUAGUACAACCUUGAUGUGAUUGUUGGAAAUUGGGAAGCUAUAGAACUGGAGUAAUGUUUUUCUUCAUAAUGUUAUCCAAGAUGAGAAAUUUAGUUCUGACAAGUUUAAUCUAAUUGUAAUGUAUGCUUAUGGUGGUUGAGUCCUUUGAAUUACAAGUCAGGUAGCCCCUUAUUUCUUCAAAGAGUUGGAAAGAACUUUGCAUGCAUACCAAAUGAAUCGUUUUAAUUUUAAUUUGAAGAACUAACCGGCUGAUAUUAAAUUUUCUUUCCUUGUAAUUUCUUUGAUUAACAAAUGACUUUUUGUUGACAACUAGAUGAAUUCGGUACACAACAGGAAAAUUCAUCUUUGAUUCAAUCAGGCCUACGUGUCUGGAAUGCAGUAUACAGGGGUCAGACACAUGAAGAGUGAGAAGUUGAUUGGUUGGGACAAGCCCCCCAUAUAGCUGGCACACGAUCAAUACAGAUGGAUCAGUUAGAGAUGAUGGGCGAGGGGCAGCUGCUGUGGGACUGGUGAGGAAUGAUUCGGGUGAAUGGAGCUAACAUUGGGGUGGAGGAGGAGGAUCAUCUUGGAGGUGAAUAAUCUGAGUGUGGCAAGGAUGGUUUCUGGGUGAGAUUAAUGUGAGGAACAGUAGCUGGAAGAUGGCGGGGGAUAUUAAGAGGCCAUGCUAAGGGACUGGCAGGUGCAUGCAUGUUCGUCAUAUCUACAGAGAGAGUAACAGGUGUGCUGGAUAGUAUGGGAUGUCAGUAUGCGUUGGUGCUGCAUGUCUUGGAGCAAUCACCUGUCGACGUGAGGAAUAUCAUGAUAUGGAUGAAGAUACCAAAGGAGUGACUGAUAAAAUAUAUGGAAGAGAGAGAGAGAGAGAGAGAGAGAGAAGUAUGCCAUUAUGCAGUGUUGCAGAGCAGUCUCUUGUUUAAUUUGUGUAAGGUUCCUUGUCUGAUGGUCCAACGACUCUCCUAAACCUGAAGAUUGAUAAAUUUGACAUUUAAAUUUCUA